AUGGAAGACGCAGCAGCAGCAGCAGCAACAGCGGAGGAAGAAGAGGAAGAGAAGAACAAGAGCAGAAUGAGAGAAGAAGAAGAUGCAGUUAAACCAUCGCUGGAUGGUGCUCGCUCUCUCGCUCUUGGGCUUCUGCUUGAUAUUCUGUCUAAUAUAUGGCUAUUCACACGGCAGAGAGAAGACGCUGAAGCUGAAGCCGGAGCUGAUGCAGAAGGCAACGAUGAUGAAGACGAUGAAGAUGACGAUGAAGACAGCGCAGCAGAGCCAGCAGCAACCUCGAGAAGAACGGAAAAAGCAAAGAGCAGACAGACAGACAGACAGACAGACAGAAAGAUGAACAGCAACAGUUGCUAG